CCGAUCGGCGAUUUGACAAGACGUGCGCGCGGACGAAAGUUGGAGCCAAAACCGCUAGCAACUCAAAAAAAUACAAGCCGCCGUGCAAAAAAAGAAACAACAAGCGCGAGCCGUUUAGCAAAACCAGCUAAACAAGAAGAAGAAGAAGAAGCAGGAGGCAUCCAAAAAACUGGAAAAUAUACUUGGUUUUUUUGUGCGCCAGGAUACUAACGUAAAUCAUUCACGCUGGAUUUGGGAUACUACGAGGCUGUCAAAGCAUCACAAUAUGAGCCGGGAGGCUACUCCGCGCUUCAGACACCAACGCCAUCCAACCGAAACUCCGCCAACAUGACCCAGCGGGACGGCAUCAUCAAGUUCGAGAACGAGCGCAUCAAAACGCUGCAGGAGGAGCGAUUGCACAUUCAGAAGAAGACAUUCACAAAAUGGAUGAACUCAUUUCUGAUCAAGGCCAAAAUGGAGGUCGAAGACCUAUUCACAGACCUGGCCGAUGGCAUCAAGCUGCUGAAGCUGCUGGAGAUCAUAUCGUCGGAGAAACUGGGCAAGCCGAACAGCGGACGCAUGCGCGUCCAUAAAAUCGAAAAUGUCAACAAGAGUCUGGCAUUCUUGCACACCAAGGUCCGUUUGGAGUCCAUUGGUGCUGAGGACAUUGUCGAUGGCAACCCCCGUCUCAUCCUGGGUCUCAUCUGGACCAUCAUUCUGCGGUUUCAGAUUCAGGAAAUUGAAAUCGAUGUGGAUGAGGAGAACGAGUCCAGCGAGAAGCGUUCCGCCAAAGAUGCGCUGCUUUUGUGGUGCCAGCGCAAGACGCAUGGCUAUCCGGGCGUCAACAUCACGGACUUCACCAACUCCUGGCGCUCCGGCCUGGGCUUUAAUGCGCUCAUCCACUCGCACCGUCCCGAUCUGUUUGAGUACAGCACCAUUGUCAAUUCAAAGAACUCCAACCUGGACAACCUUAACCAUGCCUUCGACACGGCCGCCAACGAGUUGGGCAUUCCCAGCCUGCUCGAUGCGGAGGACAUUGACUCGGCCCGACCCGAUGAGAAGUCGAUCUUGACCUAUGUGGCCUCCUACUAUCACACCUUUGCACGCAUGAAGAACGAGCAGAAGAGCGGCAAGCGCAUAGCGAAUAUUGUCGGCCAGCUGAUGGAUGCCGAUCGCAAGAAAAUGCAGUACGAGGGUCUGACCACAAACCUGCUGAGCUGGAUCCGCCAGAAGACGCUGGAGCUGGAGCAACGCGACCUGCCCAACUCGCUGGAGGGCAUCCAGCGGGAACUGCUGGCCUUCAAGGAGUACCGCACCAUUGAGAAGCCACCCAAAUACAAGGAGCGCAGUGAGAUCGAGGCUCUGUACUUCACCAUCAACACCCUGCUGAAGGCUCUGAAUCAGCCACCCUACAAUCCCCAGGAUGGCCAGCUGGUCAACGACAUCGAGAAGGCCUGGCAGAUCCUGGAGUAUGCCGAACAUCAUCGCGAGGUGGCUUUGCGGGAGGAACUCCUGCGUCAGGAGAAACUGGAGCAGCUGAACUACAAGUUCGAGAAGAAGUCGGUGCUGCGUGAGGGUUAUCUCAAGGAGAUGAUCCAAGUGCUGUCCGAUCCGCGCUACCUGCGCCAGGUGGAUGCCACACUGAAGAAGCACGAGGCCAUCUCUGCGGAUAUUUUGGCGCGUGUGGAGAGAUUCAAUGACCUUACCGCCAUGGCCGAGGAGUUGGACAGGGAGAACUACCAUGGCAAGGAACGAGUGCGUCGCCGGGAGCAGGAGGUGAUGGCCAAGUGGCGCCAAUUGCUGGAGCUGCUGGAGAACCAGCGACUGAACCUCUCCCAGAUGAGCAACCUGAUGAACUUGCUUCGCGAAAUUGCCAGCACCACAGAAGCUGUGCGAGAGCUGCAGCAACAGUUCGCCUCCGAGGAUGUGGGUCCCCAUCUCCUGGGAGUGGAGGAACUGCUGCAGGCUCACUCGCUGCAGGAACUGCAGGUGAAUACCUAUGGAGAAACCCUCAAGCGUUUCAACCGCCAGGCACUGCCCUACAAAAGUUCCGAGCACAAGGAUGCCGCUCUGUUGGCUCAACGCCUAGCGGAUCUGGAGGAAGCCUACUCGGAACUCCUUCGUCGUUCGGCGGCGAGAAGAGCUCGCCUGGAGGAGGCCCGGAAUUUCCAUCACUUUAUGGAAGACUACGACAACGAGGAAUCCUGGCUGGUGGACAAGCAGCGUAUAUGCAAAACUGGCAUCACCGCAAAGGAUCUGCGAGCGGUUCUUUCCCUGCAGCAGAAACACAAGGCUCUGGAGGAUGAGAUCAAGUCGAGGAAGCCCAAAUCCGGUCAGAUGUCCGACGCGGGCAAGAGGCUGAUCGGUGAGGAGCACCCCCGCUCCUCGGAAAUUCAGAGCAGGAUCGAUUCUCUGGCGGAGCACUGGCAAGCUUUGGAGGCUUUAGUGGAGCUGCGACGCCGCCAGUUGGAGGAUGCCGCCGAGGCCUAUCAGUUCUACACAGAUGCCAAUGAAGCCGAGUCCUGGCUGAACGAGAAGAUGGCCCUGGUCAACUCGAGGGAUUAUGGCAACGAUGAGCCUUCGGCUCAGGCCUUGCUACAGCGUCAUCGCGAUCUGCAGGGUGAACUGAACGCCUAUUCCGGAGAUAUCCUCAAUCUGAACCAGCAGGCGGAUAAGCUCAUUAAGGCAGGCAUUUGCACGCUGGAACUUUCCGCCGUGGAGCCGGAACUGCCCGAAGUGGAGCAGGAGGAGUGGGUCAACGAAACUCGGCUGGUACCGAAAGAAGUCUGGGAGGACGAGUGGGUUGAGAAGCUGGAGCACAAGAAGGUCACCGAAACGAAGAUGUUGCCCCAUGUCAAAUCUCUGUUUCCCUUCGAGGGUCAGGGCAUGAAGAUGGACAAGGGCGAGGUGAUGCUGCUCAAGUCCAAGACCAACGACGACUGGUGGUGUGUGCGCAAGGAUAAUGGAGUGGAAGGAUUCGUGCCGGCCAACUAUGUUCGGGAGGUUGAACCCCGUCCAGUUGCCUGCAUUGUGCCGAAAGCCGAAAAGGUUAAGUCCCUGCAGAAGGUGAAGAAGACCAUUCUGGUGCGUCAGGUGGUGCCCGUCAAGAGGAUUAAGCCCGUCAGCGUGGCACCUAAACCUUUGGUUCAGAGGAGAACCUCCACCCAGAGCAUCAACGAGAAUGCCGAUAGCGUGGAGAAGCGUCAGCAGAGGAUCAACCAGACCUACGAUGAGCUGCAGGAGAUGGCCCAGAAGCGCCAUGCCCUCCUCGAGGACUCCAUUCACCUGUUUGGCUUCUAUCGCGAGUGCGACGACUUCGAGAAAUGGAUGAAGGAGAAGGAGCGCAUGAUAAAGUCAGAUGAGGGCGAGGGCGUGGACAAUGCCAAGCGCAAGUUCGAGAAGUUCAUCACUGAUCUCUCGGCGGCCUCAAAGAGGGUCGAAGAGAUCGACGGCGCUGUGGACACCUUCCGCCGGCAGGGCCACUCGCAGCUGGACAAAAUCAUCGCCCGCCAGCGCCAGAUUCACCAGAUUUGGCAGCGCCUUAACAAUGCCAAGGCCCAGCGUGAGAAGAGCUUGGAAGGAGCCUCCAGCGUGGAGCUGUUCAACCGCACAUGCGACGAGGCCAAGGUCUGGAUGAGCGAGAAGAUGCUGCAGUUGGACACCGCCGUCAUCACUCCCGAUCUCCGGACAGUACAAGCCUUGCAGAGGCGCCAUCAGAACCUGGAAAGGGAACUGGCCCCCGUGGAGGAUAAGGUGAAUCGGGUGACCUACCUGGGCAACUCGGUCAAGAAUGCCUAUCCGGCGGAGAAGGACAAUGUCAAUGCCCGCCAACAGGAAGUCCAGGACAUGUGGCAACAGGUCCAACAGCGAGGCAGCGACCUGCGCAACCGUAUUGAAAGCGAGGUGGGUCAGCAGAUCUUUAACAACAGUUCCAAGGUCCUGCUAGCCUGGAUCGAUUCCGUCAAGGAUCAACUUAAUGCCGAUGAGUCUGCCCGUGAUGUGGAAACUGCCAACAAUCUGCUGAAGAAGCACAACGAUCUGGGCGACGAUAUCCGCGCCCAUGACACCGAGUUCCUGGAGGUCAUCCAGUUGGGCAAGCAGUUAUCCGACGGCAAACCCCACAUGGCGGAGACGGUGGCCGUGAUCGAACGCCUCAAGGCCGAACAGGAUGCAAUCCAUCGCGGCUGGGCCGAGAAGCAGAAAUGGCUGUUGCAAUGCGUCGAACUGCAAAUGUUCAACCGCGAGGCGGACAAGAUCGAUGCUACCACCAAGAGCCACGAGGCCUUCCUGGAGUACAACAAUUUGGGGUCCUCUCUGGAUGAAGUGGAGGCUAUUCUAAAGCGUCAUCUGGACUUUGAGAAGAGCCUGAUGGCCCAAGACAAGAUCCUCAAGGGUUUUUCGGACAACGCAGAUAAACUGAUUGCCAACGAUCACUACGAUUCCAAAUACAUCGGAGACCGUCGCAGUCAGGUUCUGGGCAAGCGUAAGGCUGUCAAGGAUCGCGCCUUUGAGCGGAAGCGUCUUCUCCAGGCUUCUAAGGACUUCCAUAAGUUCGCCGCCGAGGCUGAUGACCUCAAGGUCUGGCUUCAGGACAAGACCAGGAUUGCAGGCGACGAGAACUACCGUGACCUGAGUAAUCUCCCUCGCAAGUUGCAAAAACACCAGGCCUUCGAGCGUGAACUUCGCGCCAACGAGGGUCAACUGAGAAAUGUGACCAAGGAUGGACAGGCUCUGGUCCAAGCCGGAAAUCGUGUGCCUGAAGUGGAGUCCCGCGUGGCCGAUCUGAACAAGCGCUGGAAGGAUCUGCUUACCCUGUCCGAGGACAAGGGUCGCAAGCUGGAGCAGGCUGCAUCCCAGCGAGAGCACAACCGUUCCCUCGAGGAUGCCAAAAAGAAGGUGGAUGAGCUGGACGCUGCUCUGCGAAGUGGAGAUGUGGGCAACGAUCUGCGCAGCUGCAAGGAUCUGAUCAACAAGCAGCAGAUCCUCGAAUCGGAGAUCACUAUCUGGGAUCAGAAGGUGGCAGAGCUGGUGUCCACGGGAGACGACAUGGCCCACGAGGGUCACUUCAAUGCCCAGAACAUCGAGGCCGGAACCAAGGAGCUGCAGCAGCGAUUCAAGGAUCUGCGUGAUCCCACCCAGCGCAGGAGAGCCAAGCUGGAGGAGAGCCUGAACUACCACAAGUUUGUGUUCGAACUUGAUUCGGAGUUCCAGUGGAUCAACGAUCACCUGCCGGCAGCCAAGUCCAAUGAACUGGGUCAGAAUCUACACCAGGCCCAAUCCCUGCACAAGAAGCACAAGAAGUUGGAGGCAGAGAUCAAGGGUCACCAGCCGGUGAUCAACAAGGCUUUGUUGGCGGGUCAAUCGCUGAUUUCGCAACAACAUCCCGAGCGCGAGCAGGUUGAGAACCUGUGCCAGCAGUUGGAGCAGGCUUGGCAGGAUCUGGAGCGCCAUUGUGGCGAGCGAUCCCGUAAACUUGAUAUGUCCCUGAAGGCUCAACAGUAUCUGUUCGACGCCGGCGAGAUCGAGUCCUGGCUGGGUGAGCGCAACAAUGCCCUGCGAUCCACGGAAUAUGGCCGUGAUCGCGAUUCCGCGGCCAAGUUGCUCACCAAGCACAAGACCAUCGAGCUGGAGCUGGACACCUACUCGGGCAUUGUCACCGAAAUGGGACACAGCUGCGCCGCCAUGGUGGCUGCCAAUCAUCCGGACAGCAAGGUCCUGGCCGCCAAGCAGCAGCUGAUCGAGAAGAUGCUGAAAUCGCUGCACAAGCUGGCCUCCCAGCGACAGGGUCGUCUAAUGGAGAGCCUGUACAAGCACGAGUACUUCCUGGAGUCAGACGAAGUGGAGCAAUGGAUCCGGGAGCAGGAGCAGGCCGCCUCAUCGGAGGAUUACGGCCAGGACUUUGAGCAUCUACAGCUGCUGCAGAACAAGUUUGAUGAUUUGAAGCACCGCGUGGAAGUGGGAGCCGAUCGAGUUGAUCAGUGUGAGCUGCUGGCCAAGAAGCUAAUCGAUUCGGAGAGUCCGUAUGCCAAUGAGGUAGAGAAGCGACAGGAGCAACUGAGAACUUCCUGGGAGAACCUUCUGCAAUUGCUAAACCAGCGCGAGCAGAAGCUCCAUGCCGCUGGCGAAAUUCACCGCUUCCAUCGGGACGUGGCAGAGGCUCUAUUCCGCAUCCAAGACAAGAAUGCCGCCCUUUCCCAAGAACUGGGCAGGGACUUGAACUCUGCUCUGGCACUGCUGCGCAAGCACGAGGGCUUCGAGAACGAUCUGGUGGCCCUGGAGGCUCAACUUCAGGUCCUCGUGGAGGAUUCUGUGCGCUUGCAGGCCAAGUAUCCUUCGAAUGCCGCUGCAAUUGCCCAACAGCAGGAUAAGGUGGUGGCCGCCUGGAAUGACCUCAAGGAACGUUCCACCGCUCGCGGAGAUCGUCUGGCUGCCAGUUCGGACCUACAGACCUUCCUCACCGAUGUCAGGGAUAUAGUGUCCUGGUCAUCCAAUCUGCGUGCUGCCCUCCAGGCGGAGGAGCAUGUGAGCGAUGCUGCCGGAGCCACCGCUCUGAAGAUUCAACACGAUGCCAUCUACGGAGAGAUUGAGGCCAGGGAGGAUAAGUUCCGGUACCUGAACGAACUGAGUGAUUCCAUGGUUCAGACCGGACACUAUGCUGCCGCCGAUGUUGAAGAGAAGUGUGCCGCCAUGUUGGAUGAGCGCCAGAAGCUGCAUGCCGCCUGGAACAAGAAGAAGAUCAUGCUGGAGCAAAAGAUCGAUCUGUUCUGCUUCCUACGCGAUGCCAAGCAGAUUGACAAUCUGUCCAGCUCCCAGCAGGCUGCCCUGAGCAGCUCCGACUUUGGCCAGACGGUGGAGGAUGUCCAAAACAAGAUCAGGAAGCACGACGAGUUCGAGCGUUUGAUUCAAACGCAGGAGGAGAAGGUGGCCCUGCUCCAGGAGCACGGUCGCAAGCUGAUCGAGCAGCGUCACUACGACAGUGCCAACAUUCAGACUAUCCUUCAGGGAGUCCUUGCCCGCCGCCAGAAGGUCAAGGAUCUUUGCGCCGUGCGUCGUUACAAACUAGAGGACGCCCUGCUAUACGCCAAAUUCGUAAGAGAUUGCGCCGAGGCCGAGUCCUGGAUCAAUGAGAAGCAGAAGAAACUAGAGGCCGAUGCUGCUAGCUACGCGGAGGUAACCAAUCUGGACGAGAAGAUCAAGAAGCUGCAGAAGCACCAAGCCUUCCAGGCCGAGGUGGCCGCCAACCAGGGUCGCAUUCAGGAGAUUCAAGAUACCGGCGUCAUCCUUCUAAGCAAACAGCACGAAUCCUCGCCGGAGAUCAAGCUGGCUAUCGAAAGAGUGCUCCAAGCCUGGCAGGGAUUGCUGGCGGAGCUUGAGCAGCGUGGUCGAGGUCUGGAGGAGGCCCAGGACAGCCUGGAGUUCAACAGCCAGCUGGACAAGAUCGAGGCCUGGAUUCGUGACAAGGAGAUGAUGGUGCAGGCCAGUGACACAGGUCGCGAUUUGGAGCACUGCAAUGCCCUGAUGAGGAAACUCGAUGAUGUAGACUCGGACAUGAGGGUGGACGAUCAGCGGGUGAAGCACAUCAACCAGCUGGCCGACAAGCUCAUCAACCAAGCCCAAGUCCCAGCGGACACCCAAAGUGUGGACAAGAGGCGAAAGGAUUUCAACUACAACUGGCGACAGCUGCAAGGAGCACUCAAUGCCUAUCGUGCCUUGCUGGGCGGAGCCAACGAGAUCCAUGUAUUCAAUCGCGAUGUGGAUGACACGGCGGAGAGAAUAGCCGAAAAGGCUUUGGCCAUGAGCUCCACCGAUACCGGACGAGAUCUGGCCGCCGUGGAGGCCCUUAUCCGCAGGGAAGAGGCUCUGGAGAGGGACAUGUCCGCCGUUAAGCUAAAGAUUGAUCAGCACGAAACUGCUGCCGAUUUCCUGAUCAAAAAGUAUCCGGAACGUGGCGCCCAGCAUAUUGAGAGAAAACUGGAGGAGCUGCACAAAUCCUGGGGCAACCUGCAGGCCUUGUCCGUCAAGAGGCAGAGCAUCCUGAACGAAGCUUAUUUGGCUCACAAGUUUGUGUCCGAUGUAAAGGAACUGGAAUUGUGGGUCAACGAUAUGAUCAAGAAGAUGAACAACACCCAAGCGCCAUCCACGAUCAACGAUUGCGAGACCCAGUUGGAAUUGCACCAGGAACGGAAGGUGGAGAUCGAGGGCAGGGAGGAGGCCUUCGCUGGAUUAAAACAGCAAGGUGAUCAGCUUUCCACCAGACCGCAGCAACAGCAGCCGGAGAAUGUGCGCAAAUAUCUGCUUGUUCUGGAGGAACUGCAUCAAACCCUGAACGAAGCCUGGAGCGAGAGGGCCAGGGACCUGACAGAAGCCCAUCAGCUGCAGCUAUUCAAGGCCCAAGUGGAGCAGGUUGAGAUCUGGCUGGCCAACAAGGAAGCCUUCCUUAACAAUGACGAUUUGGGUGACUCCUACACAGCCGUGGAAAGACUGCUCAAGAAGCACGAUGAAUUCGAGAAGUUGCUCCAUGCCGAUCACGUGGACACCCUGCAGAAGUUUGCCAAUAGCAUACUGGAGGGAGAGCCCAAGGAUGCGGAUCUGAUCCGGGAGAAACUCGCCUACAUCCUAAGAAGGAAGCAGAAACUGCUGGAACUCUCGCAGGAAAGAAAGCAACGGUUGACUCAGUCUCUACAACUGCAGGAGUUCCUGCGCAGUCUCUACGAGAUCGACCGCUGGCUGGUGCAGAAGCUCCAGGUGGCCCUUGAUGAGAACUACCGGGAACCGAGCAAUCUGCAGAGCAAGAUCCAGAAGCACGCUGCCUUCGAUGCCGAGCUGUUGAGCAAUUCUCCUCGUGUCCAGUCGGUUAUCCAUGAGGGUGAGCGCCUUAUCCGCGGGGAGCACUUUGCCAAGGACGAGAUUGCCCAACAGGUGCAGCUGCUCGAGGGAGAUUGGCUCAAGCUGAAGGCCGCUUCCCAGACCAAGAAGGAUAAGCUUCAGCAGGCCUACGAUGCUCUGGCCUUCAACCGCAGCGUGGAUGAGUUCAACAACUGGAUGGACGAGGUGGAGCUGCAAUUGAGCAGCGAGGAUUACGGCAAGGAUUUGGCUGCUGUUAGUAACUUGCUGAAGAAGCACGAGCGCCUGGAGGCCGAUGUGGCCCAUCAUGGCGAACUGGCCGAGCAGCUGAAGCAGAAGGAUGAGCAGUUCUUCCAGGCGGAACACUUCCUGCGCCAUGAAAUCCACGAGAGAGCCACUGUCAGCAUCCGUAGGUACAAUACCCUUCACGAACCCUUGGGCAUUCGUAGGGAGAACCUAGAGGAUUCCCUCAGUCUCCAGCAGUUCUUGAGGGACGCAGAGGAUGAACUCCAAUGGCUGGCGGAGAAGCAACUGGUGGCUGGAUCCCAGGAUCUGGGCACCAGUCUCCUGUCCGUUCAAGGCCUCCAAAAGAAACACAAUUCUCUGGAGGCGGAGCUUACCUCGCAGGAACCUUUGAUUCAGGCUCUCCUCCAAAGGGGUCAACAGAUGAUCCGGGACAAUCACUUUGCCAGCGAGCAAUUGCAAUACAAGUCGGAGUUGCUCCAGAAGCAGCUGGUCCAGUUGAGGGAUUUGGCUGCCAUUCGGCGACUGCGUCUUCUGGACGCCGUGGAGAGCCAGCUCUUCUAUGUGGAGGCCAACGAGGCGGAUGCCUGGAUGCGGGAGAAACGUCCUGUUUUGGCCAGCAGCGAUUACGGCCGGGAUGAGGUCUCCGUUCAGGGACACCAGAAGAAACUGGAAGUCCUGCAAAGAGAACUCGCCGCCUUCAAGCCAUCGAUAGAGAAGGUGGCCAAGCUGGCCACUGGAUUGAUUGAGAGGAAUCACUUUGAUAGCUCCAACAUUGCCGAGAAGAACGGGCAAGUGGGUCAGCAAUACGAGGAUCUGCUCCGCCUGGCCAAGGAGCGGGAGUUGAGACUUGGCGAGUGCAAGAAGCUGUUUGAGUACCUGCGUGAAACGGAGGAGUUGCACGAGUGGGUGGGCGACCAGAUGGCCGUCACCGCCAGUGAAGAUUACGGUGAGGAUGUGGAGCACGUAGAACAGCUCAUCCUGGCCUUUGAAUCCUUCGUUUCCAACUUGAAUGCCAACGAGGCGAGGGUUGAGGCUUGCCUGGAACGGGGCGAUCGCCUCAUCCAGGAGAACAAUCCGUACAGGAGCUCCAUUAAAUCGAAGCGCGAUGAGACCAAGCAGUUGUGGGAAGAGCUCAAGGAUCUGGUGCACGCUCGCCAGGAUGCCUUGGCUGGAGCUAAGCAGGUGCACGUCUACGAUCGCGUGGCCGAUGAAACUAUUCAGCUCAUCAACGAGAAGGAUGCCUCGCUCAUUUCCGAGGAUUACGGUCAGGAUUUGGAGAGCAUUCAGGCCUUGGGCAGGAAGCACCAAGUGUUCGAGUCCGAGCUGGUUGGAAUCCAGGGACAAGUUGACUCCGUCCUGGCAGAGGCUGUCAAACUGGGCGAGAUCUACCCUGAUGCCAAGGAACACAUUGAAGUCAAACGGGAUGAGACAGUGGAGGCCUGGACGGAUCUGAAGGAGAAGACUGGAGCCAGAAAGAAUAAGCUCAGCCAAGCAGAGCAGCUCCAGUCCUACUUCGAUGAGUACCGUGAUCUAAUUGCCUGGAUCAACGAGAUGCUGGCCAAGAUCACGGCCCCCGAACUUGCCACCAGUGUGGCGGGAGCCGAGCUCCUUUUGGCCAGCAUCAAAGAUCACGAUACGGAGAUCCGUGCCAGGGACGAAACCUUCGCCAAGUUUGCUACCAAUGGUCAGCAAUUGAUCAAGGAGAAGCACUUCCUGGCCCACGAAGUGGAGGACAAGAUCAAGGUCCUGCAGGCUCGUCACGAACUCCUGAAGCAUACUCUUCGCAAGCGUCGUGAAAUCUACGAACUCAACCUGGACACCCAGUUGUUCUUGAAGGACGCCGAGAUUCUGGAGCAAUGGAUCAGUAGUCGCGAACCCCAGCUCAAGGAUGCCAAGCUGGGAGAUUCCAUACCCCAGGUGGAGGAUCUGCUGCGCCGGCACGAGGACUUUGAGAAGACUGUGGCCGCCCAAGAAGAGAAGUUCCAGGCCAUCAAGCGGAUAACGCUGCUGGAACAGCUCUUCCGUCACCAGCUGGAGCAGGAAAAGAUCAGCAAGCUGCAGGAAAAGGAACGUUUGGAGAAGGAACGCCUGGAGCAGUUGAAGCAACGAGAGCUCCAGCGCCUGGCGGAUGAAAGAAGACGAGCGGAGAAACAGCACGAGCAUCGCCAGAAUGCUGCGUCGCAGGAAAAGACACCGAUCUUCUCCUCGCCCAUGGUCACUCCGGCCCAGACCAGUGGCCCACAGUCGCCGGCCUUGGGUCAGGCCCAGUUGAGGCCUCCAUUCGGGGAUGAGAACGAGCACAUGGCCCUCCAGAAGAGCAGCUCUAGCGGUAUGUUUGGUGACCGAUUGCGUCGCGGAUCCGCCGAUGCCAAUGUGAAGCGGGCGGAGAGCAUGAAGGUUCAGCCCAAACAGGCCAAGCGCACGCCAUCGUUUACCACCAGAAGACGCGCUCAGUCCUUCAGGAAGAACCAGAAGGGCGAGGGAUUCGACCUGCCGCCCGUUGAGAUUCAGGGCAGUCUGGAGCGCAAGCAUGGCUUGCAAUCCGGCGGCAAGAAGGCUCCUGUGCGUUCAUGGAAGCAGUUCCACACUGUGCUCUGUGGCCAGUUGGUGUGCUUCUUCAAGGACGAGAACGACUUCCUGCAACAGAAGACAGCCACUGCUCCAGUUAACAUCCUGGGAGCCAAGUGCGAGCGGGCAGAGGAUUAUACCAAGAAGAAGUACGUCUUCCGGCUAAAACUGCCCGACGGAUCGGAGUUCCUCUUUGAGGCUCCCUCUCUGGAAAUCCUAAACGACUGGGUGCGCAAGAUAUCCUUCCACGCUAGUCUGCCGCCGAACAUGCAGCUGCUUAGCUACGACGAGUCCAUGAAGCAACAGUCGAGCAGUUCGCCUGACAUCAAGGUGACCAGUAGCGUGGAGUCGCCAGUCAGCUCCCGCAACUCCUCGCCCGAUUCCCAGCGUCGCACCAGUGGUGGUCAGGUCCUGGACGGAACUGCCACGCCCCAAAUGGCCUUCCUCCAGCGACAAAUGCAGCAGCAGCAACAACAGCAGCAAUCACAGCCCAGUUCCCCCAGUUCACCCACCGCCGGAUUCGACCAGAAGCCACCAAUCCCGCCCAGAGGAGCGCCACCAGUGGCCAGCCAUCGCCAGAGCCAGGAGAAUCUAGUUGUGAUGCGCAAUCGCCAAAGUUCCAGUAAUGACCUGCAACAAUCCGCCACUUUGCCCGCCGGCUUGACUGGAGUCCAGCAGAAUGGAAGCAGCAAGGAUGACGGUGCGGUGCUGACACGCAACAGCGAGGCCAGACAAUCGGAUAAUCCGCCGCCAUUGCCAACGACGAUGCCACCGGUGGGUGGCCAGCAUCAGCAUCCCCAGCAUUCCCAUUCCCAUCAGAGUCAGCAUCAGGCGCAGGUUCAGCAGAGGAUUAAUGCCUUCAAUGCGGCGGCGAGUCAGCAGCAACAGCCGGAUUACUAUAAUAAUAACAGCCCAGCGAGGCAGCAGCCGCAGAGGAUUCCCUCGGGCAGGAUCGACUCCACGAGGAAGUUCAUCGAGAUGGAGUCGCAUAACAAUAAUGGCGGCACCAGCAGCAGUCCCAAGAGGAGCAACGUCAACUAUUCAAGCAGCGGGGCCAGCAGCAAUGGCAACGGUAAUGUGAAGAUAGGAGCCGGGAACUCCUCCACGACCACGAUCACCAACUCCACCACCACCACCACACACCAAGUGACCUCGAGCAGUCGCACGGUGUGGCAUCUAACCUCAUCGCCCACCUCAUCGACCAAAUCAUCAUCAACCGGGGGCUCCGGGGAGCCUAGCCAUGCCAUCAGUAAUCCAAGCUAUAUGGGUCUGCAUCUGAAUAACAAUAAUGACUCAAUCGGAAUUGGACUCGGUGGUUGGGGAAACACCCGCUUCGAGAGCAACCGACCCGUGUCCCUGCAGCCCGACUCCAUCAGCUUCUCGCGUGUUUCCGCGGAGAGUUCCAGCGAAAGUGAAGCCCAGUCCAUCUCCUCCGUGUCCGGAGUGAAGGGCAGCAAGGGAACCAAGGAGGAGCGUCGCAGCGGCAUGUUCCGCAUUUUCGGACGCAAGGGCGACAAGGAGAAGGAGAAGGACAAGGACAAGCGCCGGUCGAGUCAAGUCCCGCCACAGUGAGAACACAUUCAACUUCCCGACAAUUUGGAGGAGCAGCCACCGUUACAACAACCAGAUCAACCAGGCCGAAUUGUUUUUGUAUUUUUGAUAUACACCAUAAUUAUUUAAUUUGUAUUCGCCAAGGGCAAACAAAUUUAAAAACGAAACCAACCACUAAACGAAACAAGAAAUGGAAAAGUUGAAAAAUUCAAAGUGUCUACUUAAAGCUAAAGCGACAAAUGAAAGUAUAAAAGAAAUAUUAUAUAUAUAUAUAAAGUCAAUGUUUUAAUUGCAUUAUAAAAUGUAUUUGUAAGUUUGUUCGUUGUAUGAUUAAAUAUAAUUUUCGUAAAACAAAAAACCUUAAACAAUAAAUACUAUACAUAUUGUGAAAACAACA